UUCGUUUUCCUUUUAUAAAGGAGUGGUCAAAAUUCAUUAAUCAUCCAAACAAUUUAAUACAGUCUUUGAGAUCCUACUUUUAUGUUCAGAAAAUCUUAUAGAAAAUGUCUGGAUAACCUUUGGUCAAAUAUGUGACUUUUUUUUUUUUUUUCUUUCUUCUUCUUUUGUUUUUUUGUUUUUUUUGAUCAAAUUUUAGUAAGGCCUUCUCCUUUACUGUCUGAGCAAGAAUUGUGGCUGCCCACACGAAUUAUUAUAUUUUCGUAUUUGCGGAACUGGAUUCGAAGAACAUGUCCUUUAAUCUUAGGGUAUGCAGAGAAAUAAAAUCUAUAAUUGUUUCACCAUUAGUUUCAUUGGAAAUUCUCUAGGUAUAGUGAGAUGGUUUUUUACUUUUAAAUUGGAACUAGGAGGAGAUUAGUAGGAACUUUGGUCCAAAAUUAGGGUAUACUUAAGGGAGUUUUCUUAGUGACAACCAUGGGAACCUUGUUUCUAGACCAGCUUAAAAGGCAGGCCUCUUCUUUUCUGCAUGAAAGAAUCAAAACUGCUAGACUUGUUUUAACUGAUGUUACUCAAGCAGAAUUGAUGGCUGAGGAAGCAACCAAUGAUGAUCCAUGCAGUCCGGAUGCUAAAACAAUGACUAGAAUAGCCGAGGCUUCAUUUGACAUAGAUAAUUAUUGGAGAAUAGUUGAUGUCCUUCAUCGAAGGCUAUAUAAGAUCGAUUGGAAGCAAUGGAGACAAUCCUACAAAUCAUUAGGCUUGCUUGAUUUCUUACUCACUCAUGGUCCCCAAGACUUCUCUGAAGAGUUUCAAUGUGAUACAGAUGUCAUUGAAGAGCUAGGAACAUUUAAAUUCAUAGAUGAAAAAGGGUUUGAUUGGGGUGCUAACAUGCAAAAGAGAUCAGAGAGAAUAUUAGAACUUCUACAGGGAGGAGAAGCACUUAAACAAGCACGCUUAAAAGCUCUCAAAAUAACGAAAGAAAUUCAAGGAUUCGGUAAUCCAAUGUUUUCUCCUCCCUUCUCACCUUCAUCUUCUACGUCGCAAGCUUCAACUCUAGGCUCAUUUUCUACCAGUAGCUCUCCAUGGAGUGUCGAAUCUUCACCACCCACUAAAGAAGCUGGUGGAAACUUUUCAGGGGGAAUUAGGAGUCUCGAAAAGCUACCGAAAACUUCAGCAUAUACUAAGGAGAAUGAUGAAGGGUUGCACCUAUGGGAUUUCCCUCCGAUUGAAGAAACUGACAAUUUACUCCAUGAUCCGGAAGUAGAAAAACGACGUGGUUUGAUAAAUGGAAUUUGCUCUAAGAUUGUUGGUAGUAAUCCAUCGAAAUGUGAUGGCAAGAAAGUUGCCUUGAGGAGUUUUUGUGAGGUUGGUAAGUUGGUUCGUUUGUUUGUUCCUGCAUAUCACGUUAGACCACAGCAUGAACGUCAUAUGUUCGUCUACGUUGUGAAGGGUGAUAUGUUGACAACAUGCAAAAGUCAUGUAGGAUGA